UAUUCGGCUUAUGAAAUGCACAUCAAAAUAGUUGAAAAUAAUGAUUUUAAUUAGAAUAAUUGAUUGGACGUGUAUUCUUUUCAUGUCGCUAAUAUUGGCCAGUAUAAUUACUUAUUUAUUAGCAAAAUUGCAUUUUUAUUUCCAAGGAAAACCAGAUAUAAUUGAUAAAUUAUGUGCUGCAGCGGCAAACAAAAGUGUCAUAGAAUGUAUUUUUUACUUGGAGAAAUAUCCCCAGUACGUAAAUGCAUUUUCUAAAAGUGGUUACACACCAUUCUUAGUAGCGUGUGCCAAUGGAAACACACAGUUAGUCAAGAUAAUGUUGAAAAAAGGUGCAGAUGUAACUCUGAAGUCCAAGUACCACGAAUCUGCAUUCUACUUAGCUGUCAUCCAGUGCAUAGCAUACCCUCAUUCUCGAAAUGCUUCCUGUAUUCGAGAACUAUAUUAUGCCGGAGCCAACAUAGACGAACCUAAUGACAAAGGUUUAACACCUCUACAAAUGACAGCCUUCUUUGGACAAACUCCUCUUGUCAUAUGGUUGUUGAAGAAACAUGCAUCUACAAACGUGUUUCCUAGUCCAUUUGCUCUAGCAACGUCACAAGGUCAUCUUGAUACCGCAGAUAUUUUGAAAAAGAAAUAUAGACUUUUUGCAAUUCAAUUUUAAGUGUAUUAUAGGUACGUUUAUUUAUAGAGAAGAUAAAUAUUCCUCUGAAGACCUGAACAAAGUUUCGUCACACAGUUUUUAAAAAUGGAUCUUUGGACCUUGUUAUUGGUUAAAGAAAUCUACUAGCUGGUCAAAUGUAGGGAUUUGAGUUUUAUCGUCAAAUAGUUCUUUUAUGUGAUUCGUUAGUGACACAAAGUCAGUCUCUUAUGUUGAAGUUUUGGUAAUUGAUGUUUUUGUUGAAUAAUUUUUUGGUUUGUAAAAUUUUCUUUCAUUUUCUUUUUGUGUUUGCUUACAAGAAGGACGGAUUAUUAUUGCAAAAGCAGUUGGUUUUGUGUUAGUAUUACUUGUUUCAGCUAUAUCCAUGAGUUCAUGAAAUGCUAGUUAUAGAUUGAGUUUUAUUUGACAAUUCUACAUUUUUGUUAUUAAUAUCAUAGGUUUAUUACAACAAACUGAAAAUCUUUUUAUUUUGAUGAAUGUUGAUCUCUUGCUUUCUUCUUUUCUCAAU